AUGGAGCGCUACGACAUGGCGUCCUUCGGCGGGCGCCUCCUCUUUUUCCUCGACAUCACGUCCCCCGACCACCUCUUCUUCGGCGCGGCGGACCUCGACGACGCGCGCGCGACGCUGCGCGAGGGCGCGCCGAAGCACGGCGACGCCGACCUCUGGCGCGCGGCGCGCGCGCUGCACGCGAAGACGACGGCCGACGGCGCGCCGAUCCCCGAGCCGUGCCGCGUCGGCGGCUGGGCGUGCUUCGGGUCCGUGCCCGUGUCGGCGCUGAUCCUCACGGCCAAGUACGCGCCGACGUCGCUGCCCCUCUUCGCCGCGGGCCACUGGCUGAACCAGAGCCACCUCGCGAGCGUCUCGUACUUUAACCGGCCGCCGGGCAAGCCCGCGCCGCUCUGGCGCCUGGGGACCGCGUACUGCGCGGCCAUCGGCAGCGCCAUCGGCGUCUUCCUGGCGUGGAAGCGCGUCGUCGUGCGCUUCCCCGCGCUGGCGGGCCUGGGCAUCUUCGCGCCGUACCCCGCGGCCGCGGGCGCGAACAUGGUCAACACCGUCGUCAUGCGGUUCCAGGAGCUCGAGGACGGCGUCGAGGUCUUCGACGACCGGGGGACCGUCGUCGGCGUGUCCCACGUCGCGGCCCGGAGCGCCGUCUUCGACACGUGCGUGACGCGGCUCGCGCUGCCCGCGGGCAACUUCAUCCUCACGCCGCUCGCGUACCUCGCGCUCGAGCGGGGCACGCCGCUCGGCCGCGCCGUGGCGCGGCGGCCCUGGCUCGCGCUGCCGACACAGCUCGCGACGACCGUGGCCUGCUUCGCGCUCUGCGUCCCGGGGUCCCUCGCGCUCUACCCGCCCGUCGUCGCCGUGCCCGCCGCGGACCUCGAGCCCCACAUCGCAUCGAACUUCCCGGACGGGACGAUUCUGCGGUAUAACAAGGGGAUGUGA